CCACGCUACUCUCUCCCCAGCUGAGAAGCUUGAGGGACCCAAAGGGAGUGCUUGGAUUCCUGGGGCAGGGUUGGAUGAGACUCCCUAGCUGAGAGAAAAAGGCGGAUUCUGGGGAGCAUACCCCAAGGCUGGAACCAGUACAAAGAUGAGAUCCCGGAUUUGAAAAGGCUCUGGUUUCAAGCUCUUGGUUCCCCAGGUUAAGAUUAGGGAGUCCAUGCUAGGUGUGGUGGCUCAUGUCUGGAGGCCGAGGCAAGAAUAUUGCUUCAGCCGGGUGGUGGUGGCGCACGCCUUUAAUCCCAGCACUCGGGAGGCAGAGGCAGGCGGAUCUCUGUGAGUUCCAGACCAGCCUGGUCUACAGAGCUAGUUCCAGGACAGGCUCCAAAGCCACAGAGAAACCCUGUUUCGAAAAAAAAAAAAAAAAAAAAAGAACAUUGCUUCAGAUUUGAGGCUAGCCUGGUCUAUGAUGUAAUGCUCUCUCAAGAACUAAUAAAUAAAUAAAAAUUCUGGGCUCUAGGAGCUUGAGGAGAAACAGAUGUUCACCUCUUUGUAUGGAAAUGGCUUCUGUGCCUUACUCAGCUUUGGCUACACCGGGAAGAACAGCACUCAGCCUUCCUGAAUUCCUGAAGAUAACAAGGAGGGUAUAUCCUGAACAGGACAGACAGUGAGGUGUCCAGCAUGUCUGCUCUCCAGGCAGGGCUGAAGCCAAACUUUUAAGGAAGCCUUUCCCGGAAUUUGCUUACAGGGUUACUUUUACCAACAAGGCCCAGUGAAAAGCUGGGUGUGGAGGCCCAUGCCUUUGAAGUCCGCAUUGGGAAAACAUGGACAGCACCAGCCUACCUCCAGUAGUCCCUCUCGAUGGAAGUCCUGGACGAGUACGACAACGAAUUCCCCCAGAGUGUGACCUUCUGCCAACUCAUCUCCGAGGAGGACUUCGAGAGGCAAGCUGCUACCUACACGGAGCGCGCGCUGCGCCGCCUCUUCCGCGCCUUGGACCGCAAUCCAGCGCUGGCGGAGAGGGUCGUUCGCAAGGGCAAGCAGACAGAGAUGGAACAGAGCGGACUCCUCUCCGGCCUCUGGGCGAAGUUUGUCUGUGCUGUCCAGGGGGAACUGAACCAGUGCAACAGCAUGGGUGCCCUGGAGAUGCAUCAGCGCCUGGAGCAGCUGAAGUGGCGCAUCCACCGUGUACACCUGUAUUCCCGGGGUGCCAAGAAGAGGAGGAGGAGGAGGCUGAAACCCAAGAGAGCAGCAGAUCCUGUCAUCUUCAGAGACCGGUCAACCUCCCCAUGCUUGCCACCAGCUCCAUUACCACCACCAUUGCCACCGCCACCGCUACCUGUCACCACCAUGGCCUCUGUAGUGGCUGCAUCACCUCCUGUCUAUACUAUGCCCAGGGUCUUUGGCCCCUUUCCUCCUCUGUCUGGCAAGCCGAUGGAGAAACUGGAUAUUUCAAGGUCUGAAGUGAAAUUAAACUGGAACAGUCUUUCGUCAACUUCUAAGAGCCACAUGGUCGACCUGACCCCCUUGGUCCUCAACCCUGGAGGCUUCCAUUUCUCCUAUUUGGCAGGAAACAAUGCACACAAGCUGCAUUGCCCUGGCUUCCCCUGUGUUGGUGAUGGAGCCCAGGACCUCAUACAUGCUCGGGCAGCAGCAUCCUGUAGUGAGCCCUCCAGUACCAACGAGGCUCCAUCGCCUGUUGUGAAAGCUUCCAUCUUUACUCCGCCUGUCCUACUCAAGUUCCAGCCUGUGCCCAGACCUAAAGACAAUUCAGAAACGUUCCAGCCUGUGCCCAGACCUAAAGACGAUUCAGAGAUGUUCCAGCCUGUGCCCAGACCUAAAGACGAUUCAGAGACGUUCCAGCCUGUGCCCAGACCUAAAGACGAUUCAGAGAAUGACCCUGGCAGUGCAGAGUCCAUUCCUGCCAAGAAGAGCGAGUAACCUCUUCCCUACAGACCAUGUCCCAGGAAUGAAUAAAAUUCCUACAGAGGUGC